UAUCGAAUAGUAACUGUAUCACAAUGACAGGUGGGGUUGCUCUAAAUGGAGUUAGUGAAAUAAAGAACAUGGAAGAGUAAACACGCGUCUUUCGUAAUUCCAUUACAUUUGUCGACGAGUUUGGAAUUUUUCGCGAAGAACCCACGAUUUAAGGGAAAGUACCGUUGUCGCGAUAAUCCGUGCGAAUGGUAGUACCAUCGGAAAAUGAGCAACAACAACAUUGCCCCCUUCGUCAUUGGAGACUCUUCGUCGGUGGGGCGGCGGUGGACUGCUUGGAAGCGGUCUUUUGAGUUGUUUCUGCUGUGUAAUCCGACAAAUGACGCUGGGAAAAAGAAAGCCUUGCUCUUGCACAAUGCAGGUCUCGAAGUGCAAGAAGUUUAUUUUGACGACCCGGAUCGGAAUGCAGCAGUGCCCGCGACGUCGGACGUCUACGAAGAGACGAUAAAGCUACUCGAUAAACACUUCAAACCGAUUGUGUCUAUUCCCCACGAACGAGCCUUGUUCAGGAAAAUGACGCAAAGGGAAGGAGAAAGUAUCGUAAAAUUUUGCAGACGACUUCGAAAUCACGCAGGGCUGUGUGAUUAUGGCGACGCUCUGGAUCUAAGGAUCACUGAACAGAUCUACGAUGGAACCUCUUCCAACGCGUUGCGGGAGGCGAUCCUUAAGAAGAGAUUGGUGGUGCUGAACGAGAUUUUGGAGGAGGGCCGAGUUCUUGAAACCAUCGAUCAAAGUCAUCCAGAAUUGAUUUCAUCGGAUCAAGCAAGCGUAAACAAAAUCAAAAGUGGACAAAACCAGUGUUUCCGAUGCGGCUCGUUUGGACAUUACGCCAACGACAAAAAGUGUCCGGCUCGGAAGAAAACAUGUGACAAGUGCGGUAUCAUUGGACACUUCAAAAAGUGUUGCAAAUCAAAAAGUGUUUCCGACAAGAAGAAGAAAAAAGUGCGACAGGUUGAGGAUACGGAUGACAGUGACGACGAUCCCGAGCGGGAAGUGGAAAGUGAUGACAGUUGUGAGAGCGAUAUCCACCACAUCUUUUCCGCCAAACUGGUGGACGAUCGAGUAUCCCGCACUCGAUCCCGCAGCUGCGAACAGCUGUUGUCGGUCGAGGACAAGUACAAUACGAAAAUAUCGUGCAUAGUUGGCGGAGUACGGAUGCAAUGGGUUAUUGACUCCGGCGCAUCUGUCAAUGUAAUCGACGAAAACACCUGGAAGAUGCUUAAGAAGCAACACUGCAAGAUCAGCUACGAAAGUGACGAACCACGGAAAAAACUUGUUGCAUACGGAAACCACAAGCUACACGUUAAGGGAGUGUUCAAAGCCGACAUCAACCAUGGAUCGUCUACAGUUCAUCGAGAAAUCUACGUGGUAGAAGGUCAAGGAGCCAACCUCUUGGGAAAAACUACUUCGAUCGAUUUGGGCGUGCUACAAAUCAAGUCAGAGGUGAUGCAGAUUAACCAGGAAACUCGACUAGAUGAGCGAACUGAAAUCGGUAAGGCAAAGGACGUCCUCGUAACUAUCAACAUUGACUCGAAAGUACAUCCAGUUCAACAGCCCUGUCGGCGCUUACCGAUUCCGCUACAACAAACGGUAGAGGCCGAGCUGAAAAAGCUACUUGAUUUGGAUAUCAUUGAACCAGCGCCACCCAAGAUCACAUGGGCUUCGCCUCUUGUUGUAACACCAAAGGAUGGAGGGAAACGAGUUAGACUGUGCGUGGAUAUGCGGAAAGCGAAUACUGCCAUCAUCCCCCAAAGACACCCCCUGCCCACUUUUGAGGAGAUCAUGCCCCAUCUAGACGGUUGUAAGGUAUUUUCAAAGGUGGACUUAAAUCAAGCUUUCCAUCAACUGGAACUACAUCCUGAUUCUCGGGAUAUCACUACCUUCGUGACCCCCAACGCCUAUUAUCGAUUUAAACGCCUGAUGUUUGGCAUGAACUGUUCUGCCGAGAUAUUCCAGCGAGAGUUAGAACGUAUCCUGAAGGGUUUGGAAGGAAUCAGGCAUUUCAUCGAUGAUGUUCUGGUGUUUGGGCGAAACAAAGCGGAACACGACAAACGAUUGGCUGCGUUGCUGAAACGGCUUCACGAACACGGACUCACCAUCAACAAAACUAAAAGCCAGUUUGGAUGUUCUUCGGUAACGUUCAUGGGUCAUGAGUUGCGGGAGAAUGGCAUUCUACCUGCACAGGAGAAGGUAGCAACUAUCCAAUCCUUUCGACGACCGGAAUCAUCGGAGGAAGUAAGAAGCUUCCUGGGCCUUGCCAAUUACGUAGGUAAGUUCAUACCAAACCUGGCUUCUUUAAGUACCCCGUUGCGAGACCUGGUCAAGAAGGGCGUACGGUUUCGCUGGACUGCGGACGCUCAAGAAUCGUUUGAUGCUGUGAAGAAUGCUCUAUCCAACCCUCACAAUUUGGGAUACUAUAACCCGGAGAGUGAGACGGUGUUGAUUGUAGAUGCUAGUGCGACAGGGCUGGGAGCAGUUCUCCUACAGAGGGACCGAGGACAAUUCCGAAUUAUAAGCUACGCUAGCAAAAGCCUGUCCGCAACAGAGCGCAAAUACUCGGCACUAGACAAGGAAGCUAUGGCUAUAUUUUGGGGCGUUCAUCGUUUCGACAUGUAUCUGCGUGGGAAGUUCUUCACAGUCCUGACUGACCACAAGCCAUUGUUGAGAAUUUUCAGCACCGAUUCAGCUCCAAAUGCUCGUCAACAACGAUGGGUACUGCAACUACAAGGAUACCGGUUCAAUCUACAACAUGUGCCAGGGAAGAAGAACAUUGCCGACCCGCUGUCACGGCUGGCUCAAACAGGAAAAGGAAGCAGCUUCGAUAAGGAUUGUGAGCAGGACUUGUGUGCAAUAAUCGAGAGUACUCUGCCGUCGGCAGUUACUAUGUCAGAACUAAUUCAGUGCUCAGAGACGGAUGAGGAGUUUAAAAGAAUUCACAGCGCUAUCAGAAGCAACGAGUGGAACAAAGAUCUCAAACGCUAUCAGCCAUUCCAAGGGGAACUGUGCGCGGUGGGCCAUGUAGUUCUGCGGAAUAACAAAAUUGUUGUUCCAAUCGGAUUACGGAAAAGGAUUUUGGAUUUGGCGCAUACGGGACAUCCAGGAAGCAGUAAAAUGAAGAGGAGGCUGCGGGCUGCGCUUUGGUGGCCUGGAAUCGACGCGGAAGUAGAGCAGCGAUGCAGAAAGUGUCGAGAAUGUCAAGCAGUUGGACGAGAAACUAAUCCAGAACCGUUGAAGAUUCGAGAAAUGCCAACUAAAGCAUGGAGUCAUCUGUGUGCCGACUUCCUCGGACCGUUACCAAACGGUAAGUUUGUUUUCGUAUUGGUCGAUUAUUUUAGCAGAUACUGUGUGGUCGAGGUUAUGACUAAAACAACAUCAGCGGCCGUAAUCCAACGUCUAGAACAAAUAUUCACUCGCCUGGGACUGCCAGACGUUCUGAAAACGGAUAACGCGGCAAAUUUCUGCAGCCAGGAGUUUAGAGAUUACUGCGUGGAUAAUGGCAUCAAACUAAUCCAUACAACACCGUAUUGGCCAGCUGCAAAUGGAGAGGUUGAGCGGCAAAACCGCUCUAUAUUGAAGGUGUUAAAGAUCUCUCAAAUGCGAGGAGGAGAUAUGAUUAAGGAUUUGCAAGAAUAUCUCUACAUGUAUACUGUGACUCCACACACUAUGACUGGAGUCUCCCCCGCAGAGCUUAUGUUUGGUAGAAGGUUUAGGGAUAGAUUUCCACACGUCGAAGGAGAGGAAUUAGUCGAAGAAGAAGUCAGAGAAAGAGAUUGGAUGCACAAAUACAAUGGAAAGGUAUACCGUGAUGCGAGAGUUAACGCCAGAGAAACAGCUAUUCAGAUCGGCGAUGAAGUCUUGUUGAAAAACCAGCACCGCGAAAACAAGUUGGCACCGAACUUCAACCCAAAUCCAGCGGUAGUUUUGGGGAGAAAUGGAAAUAGUUUCGUCGUGCAAACGGAGACGGGAACUAUACUUCGAAGAAACUGUUCGCACCUGAAACCGGUAGAACCCACUGCAACGACGAACCGCCAGCCAGAGGGUGAUGUUAGCGAGGUUCCCGAAAGCAACGACUCAACACUUGACAACGGUCAGGAGCAGCAAUCUGCUUCAACCCUUCCAUUCCCAGAGAGAGUGGAAGAACAAUCUACAAGGCGCCCAAUGCGAGAAAUAAGACUCCCGAAGAAAUUCCUUGAUUAUCAGGUUGAACUAAACUAAUGUAACUGUAUAUGAUCAGGUUGAACUAAACUAAUGUAACUGUAUCUUAGAGUUAUGCAUAUGUUCUCGGAUAACUUUUGAUUUCUAUUUUCGAUUUUAUUUGGAGAAAGGAAGGAGAUGUUAUAUCGAAUAGUAACUGUAUCACAAUGACAGGUGGGGUUGCUCUAAAUGGAGUUAGUGAAAUAAAGAACAUGGAAGAGUAAACACGCGUCUUUCGUAAUUCC